UCACAGUCAGAAACAGAAAAGGGCAGAAAAUCCUAAUAUUUCAGAAGCAGGAAAUUUUACUUGGACAAAUGACAAUCAGCAGAUUAAUCGACUAAUCGCUAUUAAUCACUUCAGCACCUCAACAGCAGACAAACUGGUCCUUCACAAACCACGUGUGACAAGCUCAAGAUCGGAAACAAAAAAUGAAGCGCAGUGAUCGUGUCUUUACACGACGUGAGACAGAACAGACUGGAGUGGACGCACAGCAGGUUGGCUGAAACGGCAAACACACACUCGUUGACUCAACCAAAAUGACCUGAGGGGAAACUUAACGGCUUCCGGACUCUCUCCCUCUCUCUCCCCUCUCACUCACCCAUUCAUUAGCUCCCUCCCGGUCCCCCUCAGUGCGCAGGUGUGUGAGCAGCCGGAGGUGUGCGGAGCGCCAAACCCAAACCUUUUACGCACUGUGCUUCCUCACCUUCACCUUCCUUUGUGGACUCCACACCUGCACACCCGACACCCUCCCGCUCACACACACUGCGAUGGAUUAACAUUUCCUCGGGAUUCGGCUUCACCUCCAUGUUGGGUCGCGCCGUCGAGUCCUCACAAGGGAACCGAUCCGACUUGGAUGUCCUCCAUUCCCGUUUCCGCAUUCCCGCGGCCACCGUGCGCACUGCAGGCGUGGAGCUCAGAUCCCUGAUCUCGACAGAAAAAACCGGUUCCUCCGGAUAAUCUACACAACUAUUGCUGGCGCUGCAUUAUGUUUCCAGCCAGAGGAGGAGAGGGAGACCGUGGGACUGAAGGGCCGGUGACUGCAGGCUGUGGAAGGCCGUUUUCAGCGGACUGAGGAAGCCUGAAGUGCGGUCGUAUUGAUCGAUAAACCGUGGAAUAAGCAGCCGUCGCGCUCCUUCAUGUCCCGGGAUGGAGAGCUGCUGUCGCACCUGCAUGCCCUGCUUAGAGCGGCUCUGGAACUACAUUUGGUCCGACUUCCGCUACCCUAAUUUCCCUAACCAAAACCAGGUUAUCGCCAACCCGGCCGCGCGGUCCGCCGAGAUCCGCACCGUAUCCGGCGACAUCCGAGUCCCGUCGCCCAAGAAGCGGCCGGUGCAGCUUUACGCGGCGCUCUUCGACUUCGAGGCCCGCAGCGACGACGAGCUGACGGUGAAGGAGGGCGACAAGCUGUCGGUGAUCGAGAAGCGGGGGGACUACGUGCUGGCCAAGAAGCUCACCGGCUCUCUGGAGUCCGGACUCAUCCCGGCCAACUACGUGGCUUUGCUGCAGGACGAGUUCGCCAAACACAAGUGGUACUACGGGAACAUAAACCGUGUGAAAGCUGAGAAGCUGCUGCUAGCGUCCCAAAACAAAGAUGGCUCCUUCCUGGUUCGCAUCAGUGAGAGCCACAGCGACGAGUACACAAUCUCCGCUCGGAGCGAGGGGAAGGUCUUCCACUUCAGGAUCCAGCGCUCCACCAUCGGGGCGUACUUCGUCUCAGAUAAGAUCUCCUUCGCCACGCUGGGAGAGCUGAUCUCCUACUACCAGAAAAACCCUCGCAGCCUCGGGGUGCUGCUGGAGGAGCCCUGCGCCCAGCAGCGGGAGCUCUUCGACAUGGAGCCGUGGGAAAGACCUCGAGAGGAGUUCAGGCUCCUCAAGAAGCUGGGAGAGGGACACUUCGGAGAGGUGUGGGAGGCUCUGUGGACCGCGGAGAACAGGAAGGUGGCCAUAAAGACGCUGAAACAAGAGGACACAAAGCAGGACGAGUUUGUGAAGGAGGUUCAGGCGCUCAAGAGCCUCCACCACCCGAAGCUGAUCCAGCUGUUGGCCAUGUGCUCCAGAGGAGAACCGGUCUACAUCGUGACAGAACUCAUGAGCAAAGGAAGCCUCAAGUCCUACAUCACCUCUGCUGAGGGCCAAGUGCUGACCUCAGCUCAUCUGAUCUAUAUGGGCAGUCAGAUUGCGGAGGGCAUGGCCUACCUGGAGGACAGAAACAUCGUCCACAGAGACCUGGCUGCCAGGAACAUCCUGGUGGGAGAGGAUCUGGUCUGCAAGGUGGCCGACUUCGGCCUGGCUCGGAUUAUUAAGGACAGCGUCUACACAGCCAGUCGAAACACAAAGAUCCCAGUGCGAUGGACGGCUCCCGAAGCGGCGGUUUACCAGCAGUUCUCUGUGAAAUCAGACGUGUGGUCGUUCGGGGUCCUGCUCUUUGAGAUGAUGUCCCGUGGCAAGAUGCCUUAUGAAGGAAAAAGCAACAAAGAAGUGUUGGACCUGCUGUCGUCUGGGUUUCGGCUGCCCUGUCCAACUCGCUGUCCUCAGAAUAUCUACCGCAUCAUGAUGGACUGCUGGGCCGCCGAGCCCUCCAAGAGACCCUCCUUUCACGCCCUGCACAGCCAACUGGACUCUAUAUAUGCCAGGAUAUAUUUCAAGACUAUAGAGGUUUAGAAGGAGGGACACAUGGAGGAAGAAGAGGACUGUGCAGGAUCCGUCGCGGACAGAUGGAUGGACUGAGAAUGCGAAGAAGAAAGGAAAAGGGCGCGAGAACAGGAAAUAUUCUCCUCCCCUCCUUCUCGAUGAGGGUGUGGAAGGACGGCGGGAGCAGGACAACAGAGAUGAAACGUUCAAAAGAUGCCCACCCAGUCAAAGAGGGAAAACUGAGAAGAAAAAUGAGGAAUACUUCGUUUCAUAGGCUGAAAGAAAGAAAGAAAGAAAGAAAGGCAGACAAAUGACUGAAAGUAUCCUGAGAAAGGUGUGUAAAUACACUCCAUCUUAAGAAACACUAAAAACCCUGAGCACAUUCACAGAACCAACUGUUCUUAAUUUUAUACCUUUUUGGUGUUUUAUAAAUAGUAUUUUAUUACUUGUGUAUGUGCCAUGUCUGUGUAUGCACAUUUUGAAAUGUUAUGAAAUCACGGGACUUAAAUGAAUCACCUGCCGUUUUGACUGCAAAGCCAGUGCUAAAACUGAGGUUAUGUGCAAUAAUGAAGUGCUUGCUGGGUUUUGGUUUUUUUGAGCCACGCUAAACGCCGCCUGGUGCUAGAGGUGCUGAUGGGAGUCGGUCCAACGCUUCGGGCUGCAGCAAAAUGUCUCGACACAGACUGAACUGAUUGGCUGAUGUUUGGUACACAUCUUCACGUUCCCUUUUUGGUGAACCCGGGACUUUCCAUCUGGUCAGAAACUCCUCCUGCCCAACCCUUAUAUAACAGGGUCUCAUUAUGAACUAAUGACCAAAUUCCCAAAGAAUACGUCAAAUUAUCUCUGAAUGAUUAUAAUGACCAAUAACUUCCAUCGUACAUAUGGCAUGAAAAAUCUCAACUUAUCGUUUAAAAACGUAGUUUAACAUCGUGGGACUUCUUUCUUCUCUUGCUGACAGCAACAGCAAAUGAAAUGUUUGAAACCACACUCAGCUUAACUCAGGAGCUAAAGGCUGGAAGUGAUUAGCCCAGCUUAGCAUUAAGACUGAAACCAAGGGGAGACAGCUAACCUGGCUACACAAACAAAUGUAAAUGCACCAACUUGUGGCUUCACAGGUCCGUUUCUUGAUGACUCGCGGCUGUGCGAAGUGACUCGGUGUAAGUGGCCACACGGAGUAUUGCAGCUCUUGAGAUCGUCACAUGACAGCGCUGGCCAUUGGCCCUUCAUAACCUUAAGAAAAAGAGCAUCACAACCGCCCAAAAUGACAACUUCACUAUCAAUAAUUGAUCCACAUGACCCGAUAAUUUAACGAUUAAAUUAUUUUAUCUUCAUUCAAGUUAGGGCUAAUCUGGGAGUUAGCGGCUCAGUUGCAUGAAGUCUUCCACACUGAAGCUAUGCUGAUAAUUUUAUACUUGAAGUUCAACUUUUUUCAGGUUUUACUCCACUGAGUAACUUUCACAAGAGUGAACGGGCUCCACCUCUGACUCGUGUAAGCUGAGCGUACGUACAGCUGAGGCUGACGAAAACUGAUACCGAGUCAAACUGAGCCCGAGAUCACCUGUUCAGAGGAUGUGACAAAAUUCUUUCCUCUGCUGACACCCUCGGGACAAAGCUAACACCUGAUACAACGUUAGACGUAAGGAUCUAAGCCAAAGUUGUCCCUCUUCGUUCACCAGUUUUUGUUUUAUAGCCUUGCAGGCUCCUGGCAUGACUCGGACUUAUUAACCGCGAGCAUAAAGUAUUUUAUUCAGCCAACCCUUUAUUACUGGAAUUUGGGAAGGUUUAUUACAUAUCUAAUACACGUGGAAGCAAGUUUCCCCGGAACUGUGUGGGAGUUGUUUUUUAUCCUCUUUUGAUAAAUGUUCAGGGUCUGGGCCGCAGAGCCAUGAGUUAUUAAAUCUCUUCUGGAGCUCCAAAAACACGGCCGGUUACAACUGGAGCGCCCAUGUUUACACUCCACACUCGGCCCACGCGCUCACACUUCAAGACGUGGACCGUAAGGAGCCACAGAAAUGAAGAACCUGCGGCUGCACGGUCACUCGGCCGCAUCCACAAGACUUUGUGCAGUGCAGUUGGAGAACAAUGCAAACUCUUGUCUUUUAUGCAUGAUAUUUAAAGCAGACAAAGUCAAGUUCAGGAAACUUUAGCCAUAGUCACCAAAUCACGAGAUGGAGUUUUAUGUUUUAGGCUGUGUGCCAUCAGGUACCAAAUGCCAGUACUGCAAAAAAUAAAGUAUUUUAAGUACUGUUCUGAAA